UCCCAUUCUAUUUGCUGGCGGUGUUGCCAAUCACUCCACUGGUCCCGUUAGUUUAAUUGUGGCCCUGCAAAGACAACGCCAUCACACUCAGCAGCUACAGCGAGCGAGUGGGGCAGCACGAAGAUAGCACCGGAUUUCUGCAAGCUAUUUGGCUAUUGUUGUCACAAAAACAAUAAGCGUCUGUCUCAUCUACAACUGCAAUGGAAUACAUUCGUCCGGUUAAUUAGACGCCUUCGAAUCGGGCCUCUGUUUUUUGUGGUGCACAAAGCAAUGUGGAGCAAAUAAAUAUCCUGAUACGCUGAAACCAGAGAAUAUAGAUAAUGGGCUGUGUGCAAUGCAAGGAUAAAGAAGCAACGAAACUCACGGACGACCGAGACACCAGCAUCUCCCAGAGUGCCGCGGGCUACCACUAUGGCGCCGACCCCACGCCACAGCACCAGCACUACCCCAGCUUCGGGGUCACCGCCAUCCCAAACUUCAACAACUUCCAGGCACCCGUUGGCCAGGGGAUAACGGUCUUCGGAGGGGUCCACACCUCCUCCCACACCGGGACCCUGCGCACCCGUGGCGGAACAGGAGUCACUCUCUUCGUGGCACUUUACGACUACGAGGCGCGGACAGAGGACGACCUCAGCUUCAGGAAAGGGGAGAAGUUUCAGAUUAUCAACAGCACUGAAGGGGACUGGUGGGAUGCUCGUUCCCUUACCACUGGUGGAAAUGGCUACAUUCCCAGUAAUUACGUGGCUCCAGUGGACUCCAUCCAGGCUGAGGACUGGUACUUUGGGAAACUGGGCCGGAAGGAUGCAGAGAGGCAACUUCUGUUCACUGGCAAUCCCCGCGGCACCUAUCUCAUCAGGGAGAGCGAAACCACUAAAGGUGCCUUCUCCCUGUCCAUACGAGACUGGGAUGACGUGAAGGGGGACCAUGUGAAGCAUUAUAAGAUCCGUAAGCUGGACAGCGGAGGUUACUACAUCACUACCAGGGCUCAGUUUGAGACCCUGCAGCAGCUGGUGCAGCACUACUCAGAGCGGGCCGCGGGGCUGUGCUGUCGCUUGGUGGUGCCCUGCCACAAAGGGAUGCCCCGCCUCACCGACCUGUCCGUCAAAACCAAAGACGUGUGGGAGAUCCCGCGGGAGUCACUGCAGCUCAUCAAGCGUCUGGGGAAUGGGCAGUUUGGGGAGGUCUGGAUGGGAACGUGGAACGGCACCACUAAGGUGGCGGUGAAGACGCUGAAGCCGGGCACCAUGUCUCCUGAGUCCUUCCUGGAGGAAGCCCAGAUCAUGAAGAAGCUCCGCCAUGACAAACUGGUGCAGCUCUAUGCUGUGGUGUCUGAGGAACCCAUCUACAUCGUCACUGAGUACAUGGGCAAAGGAAGCCUCCUAGAUUUCCUGAAGGAUGGGGAGGGACGAGGACUGAAGCUGCCCAAUCUGGUUGACAUGGCAGCCCAGGUGGCCGCAGGCAUGGCGUACAUCGAGAGGAUGAACUACAUCCACAGAGACCUGCGCUCGGCUAACAUCCUGGUCGGGGACAAUCUGGUUUGUAAAAUCGCUGACUUCGGAUUGGCCAGGCUGAUUGAGGACAACGAGUACACAGCACGGCAAGGUGCAAAAUUCCCUAUUAAGUGGACGGCCCCGGAGGCUGCGCUGUACGGAAAGUUCACCAUCAAGUCAGACGUGUGGUCGUUUGGCAUCCUGCUCACAGAGCUGGUCACCAAGGGACGUGUACCCUACCCAGGGAUGAACAACCGGGAGGUGCUGGAGCAGGUGGAGCGAGGCUAUAGGAUGCCCUGUCCCCAGGACUGCCCCAUCUCCCUCCAUGAGCUCAUGGUGCAGUGCUGGAAGAAGGACGCAGAGGAGAGGCCCACCUUCGAGUACCUGCAGGCCUUCCUGGAGGACUACUUCACGGCCACGGAGCCACAGUACCAGCCAGGGGACAACCUCUAAACACUGAGCUCUGGGCUGGCACUGGACUGAACCGUAGUUCUCUGGAGCCCCACCAGGGACCUGUACAUCUUCCUCCGCUCAACAGAGCAUCUUGUCUCAACUCUCCUCCAGCUCCCAACACUCUCAAACACUCUCCGUGGCUAACCCUGAGACAGACUCAACAGACUGGAUACCAGAGAUUGUGUGUGUGAGGGAGAGUGGGGGUUGAUCUGGGUGGGGGUGGGUUAGGAGGGAGGUUUGGGGGUGGUUGGGCUAGUGAUGAUGUAAUGAAAUGCCUGUAUUCAAUGUAAAUAUGAACAGCUUGUCUACUUAACUUUUGGUUUAUGUUUUGAUAGUUUGUUUGCUUCUGUUUUGGCAUUUUGACUGAUUUUCUCGAUGAUGAUGAUGAUGAUGAUGAUGGUGGUGGUAAAGAAAAUGGUCAAUGAAGAUGAUCAUUUCAAAAGUGCACCAUGAGACCAUGAUAUCUGGUUACUUCUAAUCCAGAAUCUACAGGACAUGUCUAUCAAAGCUAAUUGUGUUUAUUUUAUUUUGGGGGCAAUUUUAAUGAACACCUCCAUUAAUUAUUUAUUUAAUUUUUGCGGUUUUGAUCAUGUAUAAAAAUAAAUAAGAAAAUCAGUCCUGAGCGUAUUUUUUUUAUUUUUUUGCAAAGUCAUCUGUUUUACAGGGACUUUAGGCAAGCAUGACAAAAUACUCCAUUGAGAUUUUUAUUGCCCUGCAUCUCAUGAAUUUAGUUUGAUAUGAUUUUGCUUUUAUUUUGUUCAUCCAUGUAAAAUAGUUUUGUCCUCCUCAAAGUAAUAGAUGUUAGGCUAAUGCCGUAACAAAGUUAUUUUACAAAUAAUGUAUGUUACAUUUUGUAAUUACAGCCAAAUGUGUGAGAAUUAUACUUUUGAACAUAUCUCUUCUCGCUUACCAGGUUUUAAGAAAAAAAAAUAAUGGGGGGGAAAGAAAAUCGGUCUUUCCAGGUAUUAUUUAGUGUAUACUGGAAGGACAUGAUGUUUAUUUAAAAAGAGAAAGAUGUUUGUCUCUGCAUUUCAUCGUCUUAUUUUAACUUGUAUACAGAGUUCCAUUUUAGCAGCCAUUCCAACUCAUCCAUCUCAUUGUCCUUGUUACCUCCAUGCUGUGUAGCCAUGUACUGGGAAGUCUUAGUGGGUAACGUCUCUUCGUCUGUGAACAGUGACAUGUCACCAUCCACCUGCACCUCAAUACUCAUGUCCCACACCGAGUUGGUCUGUCUGUCUGUCUGUCUAUGCAGCACAGCACCACCAGUAGGAUCCUUCCUCAGCUCAUUUCUGGACCACAUCCUUUGGAUUACUUUACAUUUUUAUUUUUAAACUGAUGUGGAUAUCUGAAGUCUUGCAUCUUCUGUUUCAGAGUAUGUUUUAUUUAAUCUUAAUGGAGAGAUCUUUGAGGAAUGGGGUGUAUUGUAUCUUCAGAGGGAAUGUUGCAAAGACACUGGUGAAGCAGCCGGCUGUAAAGUUUGACCUUGUUUAAUCUAAAUGUAGUAUUUGUUCUUAUCUUACGACGGUUUAAGUGCUAAUAAGGAUCUGUUUAAGAUUGAACCCCCUCGUCGGUUUUACAGCUUAACGGUUUUAAAAGUGUCAGUAGCCUUUCUAGUUUAUUUCUUCUAUUUUCCAUUUGUUAACAUUUCUGUUUUGUUAAUUCAGUGAUUUGGCAUUUGAAAUUCAAAAAGAACAAUAAACAUUUUACACUCUU